AUGGCAGAUUUCUACAACCAGGUGUACUACGGCAGUGAAAAUGCGGACUCAGGCGACGUGUCCACGGUUGGUCAGAAGGUGACGGGGAACAACGGAAAUUACGGAACGUUCGAUGAUCGCGACGGCGCCUACAGCACACAUAGUCAAGAAAAUAACAAGCUCGCAUCACCAAGAUCUCACAGACGUGAUUCUAGCAACGAGGAUCGCAGCCGCGAUCGGAAACGCGAAAAGCGGCGAUCCCGCAGUCGCAGUCACAGUCGGGAUCGGCGACGUAGAAGUCGUGACCGCAGUCGACAUAGGGACCGGAGUCGGGAGCGGCGAUCUAAAAGAAGACACUCGCGUCAUCGUUCGCCUUCAACGCCUCCUUUAAUCUACAAAUACUGGGAUGUCCCUCCACCGGGUUUUGAACAUGUCACCCCCGCACAGUAUAAAGCAAUGCAAGCAUCUGGGCAAAUUCCGGUGAAUUUGUACGCCGCCGGUCAGAUACCGAUGCCGGCACACACCCCCAACGCACCUCUCACGUUGAACACAAAUAUCCCCUUCGCCGGCAGUGCGGUCUGUCGUCAGGCUCGGCGGUUGUAUGUAGGUAAUAUUCCCUUUACUGCGACAGAGGAGAACAUGAUGGAGUUCUUUAACAAGCAGAUGCGCGCUCAAGGUCUAAUACAAGCCGAAGGGAACCCUAUCAUCGCAGUGCAAAUUAAUAUGGAAAAGAAUUUUGCCUUUUUGGAAUUUCGAUCUGUCGAUGAAACUACACAGGGUUUGGCACUGGACGGCGUGUUAUUCCACAAUCAUGCUCUCAAACUGAGAAGGCCUAGAGAUUAUGCGCCUCUGCCGGGCGUAUCGGAAACUCCGUCAGUCGUGGUCCCUGGGGUGGUGAGUACAGUGGUUCAGGACUCACCCCAUAAAGUGUUCGUUGGUGGUCUGCCCAACUACCUAAACGAGGAUCAGGUAAAGGAGCUAUUGCUAAGUUUUGGACCUCUCAAAGGCUUUAAUUUGGUUAAAGACAGUUCCACUGGUCUCUCGAAGGGUUAUGCAUUUUGUGAGUAUGUCGAUCCUAACGUCACGGACCAUGCAUGUGCUGGUCUCAAUGGGAUGCAACUUGGUGACAAAAAGUUAAUCGUACAGCGCGCUAGCGUAGGUGCCAAGCAUGCAACGAGUACUGCACCUCAGCCGCUGCUCCAGCUCCCUGGUCUCGACGAUGCUCUGGUCCACAACACCACCGGUUCAGGAAACAUAACUAUUCGGAGCGGUGGCCCUCCUACUGAAGUGCUGUGUUUGAUGAACAUGGUUGAUCCUGCCGAACUCGAAGAUGAUGAGGAGUAUGAGGACAUUGUGGAGGAUGUCCGCGCCGAAUGCAGCAAGUAUGGAGUUGUACGCAGCCUCGAAAUCCCACGUCCAAUCCGAGGCGUGGAAGUCCCUGGUGUCGGGAAAAUUUACGUCGAAUUCGCUAGUCUGAUCGAUUGUCAGAAAGCAGCUACGGCCUUAACAGGACGCAAGUUCAAUCAGAGACUGGUAGUCACAUCGUUCUUCAAUCCGGACAAUUACCACAGGCGUGAAUUUUGA